AUGGCAGGCUCCCUAGGCAAACGUAUCGUCUUUACCGGCGGGUCAGGCAAGGCCGGUCGACACUGCAUCCCAUAUCUCCUUGAGAAGGGGCAUCAAGUCCUCAAUUUGGAUCUCAUCGAUUUCCCAAAAGACCAUAUUCCCGCCGGGAAAAGUGUUUACACCAUGAAAUGUGACCUGACCGACGGAGCUCAAACGUUCAAUGCUUUGUCCUCACUCUUUUCCAUGGACGAAUAUGAGCUGCCGAAACACCCUGGCCCGCCAGACGCUGUCAUCCAUUUCGCAGCGUAUGCUCGUAAUAUGAUUGUGCCCGAUAGCGAGACCUUUCGCGGCAAUGUCAUGAGUACCUACAAUGUGAUUGAGUCUGCCUGCAAACUCGGCGUGAAAAAGAUCGUCAUUGCCAGCAGCGAGACAACGUAUGGUGUAUGCUUCACCCAAGGAGACGACGAUUACCAUUCAUUUCCCUUGGAUGAGGAAACCUAUGAUCGGAACCCAAUGGACACCUAUGCUUGCUCCAAGCUGACUGGAGAGCGUAUUGCCCGCAGUUUUUCUCGCCGCUUCAAUAACGACAUCUAUGCAUUGGUCAUCGGCAAUGUCAUUGAACCGCACGAGUACGAGAGAGAUUUUCCACGCCAUGUGGGACAACCCGAUACGAGAAAGAGGAAUGCUUGGAGUUACAUUGACGCCAGGGAUCUUGGGCAAAUAUGCGACUUGUGCGUCGCAAAAUCUGGAUUGGGAUUCCAGGUAUUCAACGCCACGAACGAUACUAUCACCACAACCACUCCCACGGAGCAGUUUUUGAAAGAAACAUGCCCCGACACGCCAAUCACCAGGAAGAUGGGCGAAUUUGAGGCGCCUCUGUCGAACAAGAAGAUACGAGACGUACUGGGAUACAAGGAUGUUCACGACUGGCGCAAGUAUUACACUCACAAAGAAUGA